AUGCCGUUGUUCCUCGAGCAGACGCAGGGCUUUGCGGCACCUGACGGCCGCGUCCCUGCACCGUCUGUCUUUGAGCUGCUGAUGCAGGAGCAGAUGGAGAAAGGGGUGAAGCCGGCGAUUGAGUACGUACUGCAUACGCUGUGCGAGUCGCUGCCGAGCGUAGCGCGUGCACUGCCCGUGCGUCACUUGGACGAGAGCUAUGCGUUGUUGCAGUUUUGGAUCCAGCACUACUUUCUGGCGCGCUACGACUGUCUAGUGACCGAGAAGUUCUACGGCAUGAAGCGUGUCGUGCUGCAGACUGUGGCUGAUGCAAGCGCUGAACCAGUGACGUCUGCGUUGACUCCAAGAGCCAAGACACUCGCGCUUUUGUUUGCUGUGGUAGUACCGUAUCUGAAGCUGAAGCUGGAUACGUAUCAAAAAGAGACGGCAGAGCUGUUAUCCAGAACAGCCGUGCAAAGCGCAAGUAAUAGUGCAAGUGCAAGCUCGAAUACGGAACAGCGGUAUGGACGCUUUUUGCGACGUUUGCGAAGCAUUGCGUGCUUGCAGACGCUAAGAAAGAGCUUUGUUGCGACGUAUCCGUUCGCACACUUAGCGUACGAAGGGUCUUUCUUCGUAUACAAGUGGCUGUAUCUGUUUGGAGAUACGCCAUUCUUUUCGCCGUUUUUCAGGUGCAUGAAGACGAUUCUCGUGCGAGCGACUGCAGAGGAUGAGGAAACGAUUCGCCGCAAUGACAUCGCAUACCGCAAAAAGGUGAUCGAAAAUAUGAGUGGGUCGGGAUUGUAUGACCGGACCCGCCAGCUUGCGGUUCGCAUGGCGUGGGCAACGUCCGAUCACUCGUACAUGUUGCUGCUACUGGGUAUUGCAGGGUAUAAGUUUGUCGAGUGGAUGUACUCGGAAGAGGGUGUGUCGGCCAAGCUGCGGUAUACUGGAAGCACAGCGCCAGUCCCACCUCCACCACUACCGCCGCAAUUUUCGGGCCAAGCGUUAGCAGUAGCUGCCAUGGAUCCUGCAUUUUGCCCGCUGUGCAAGCAGAAACGCGUAAAUGCUGCUAUGAUUGACUCAGGAUACGUAUUUUGCUAUCCGUGCAUUUACCGGCACGUUGAACAUCAUGGAGAGUGUCCGAUUACGCAGAUGAAGUGUGAGCUGACCUCUAUUGUCAAGAUCUACGACGACGCACGAGAGCUGUAA